UAUAGCAAAUUUCUGUCUCCGUUACAUUUGAUCCCAAUCCCACUCUUCCACAUUUAAGUACAAACGUGUGUUCCAUUUGGUCGAAUCCUUUUUUUUAAGGCUUCAACUUUGAUCAGCCGUUCCCUCAAAAAGAUGUUUUGAUCAGGGUAUUUCAAAUUCCGAUUCUUUAAAGAGUUUCCGGAAUUGGGUUUUGCAGAUUUCGUUUCACCCUGAUGAAUAUGGAGACGGGUAUUUGUUAGCGGCGAUAAUUCUAUUUGACUGUUUAGCCGAUAGGGAUUUGACUGUGACUGAUAGGAAUCUUUAAUUUCUUCUUUCAAUCGGAAGAAUUUGUAAUUUUAUGUUUGUUGAGUCUUCCUUGAAGAACACGAGGCAGCAUACUAAUCCAUAAAACAGUCACAUCCUGAUCCUUUUUUUUUCAAGUAGUUGCAGGCAAAGUUCUUCUUCUGAUGGCAAUCCAUUUAAGGGAGUGAAACAUUGACCGUAAGAUGUGUUUUUGAUGUCUUCUUUGUUGUUGGUUUGGUCUGUUUUUCUUGUUUUUAGUGGUUUGAGGAUUAUGGUUUAGGGGAGAUUUUUGUCUUUGGCCACCAGUUUUCAAGGCAUUAAUAACAAUAUGAGAUUUCUAAGCAUUGUUGGGAACUCCUUUGGAUGUUCUGCAUCUGGGGAACGCUUGGUUUCCGCAGCAAGAGAUGGGGAUCUUCAAGAAGCCAAGGCUUUAUUGGAAUACAAUCCUAGGCUUGCAAGAUAUUCGACUUUUGGUGCUCGAAAUUCGCCUCUCCAUUACUCUGCUGCUCAGGGCCACCAUGAGAUAGUUUCGCUCUUGCUCGAGUCUGGUGUCUAUAUCAAUCUCAGAAACUAUCGGGGUCAGACUGCUCUGAUGCAAGCUUGCCAAUAUGGCCACUGGGAGGUUGUUCAAGCUCUGAUUCUUUUCGGGGCCAAUAUUCACAAAGCAGAUUAUCUUAAUGGGGGUACUGCACUCCACUUGGCUGCCUUGAAUGGUCAUUCCCGUUGCAUAAGGCUCCUCCUUGCGGAUUAUAUACCUAGCAUACCCGACUGCUGGAAGAUAUUGUCGAAUGAAUCAGAAAAUAAAGAAUCAACUUCAGUUUUUGAUGAUGGUGCUCUUCGCGAGGUCAUUAAUAAACCUGCUGAUGGAGGUGUCACUGCUCUUCAUAUGGCAGCGUUGAAUGGGCAUGUUGAAAGUGUUCAGUUGCUCCUAGAUUUGGGAGCUUCUGUUACUGAGGUCACUGUGGAAGAUGGAACGACGAUUGAUCUAAUAGGUGCAGGGAGCACUGCUCUUCACUAUGCUGCUUGUGGUGGAAAUGCACAAUGUUGUCAGAUUUUGAUCGCCAGGGGUGCCAGUAUUACUGCCACAAACGUGAACGGGUGGAGUCCUUUAAUGGUCGCCCGUUCAUGGCGUAAAAAUUGGCUUGAGGAAAUCCUUAGCAAUCAGCCUGAAGGCCAGUCGCAAGCUCUUCCUUCACCCUUUCUGUCUCUUCCCCUUAUGAGCAUUAUUAAAAUUGCUAGAGAGUGUGGAUGGAGGACUGAUGAUUCCUUGUUCUCAUGCCAAGAUCCUUGUGCUGUAUGUCUGGACAGGCAAUGUACAGUAGCUGCAGGAGGUUGUGAUCAUGAGUUCUGCACACAAUGUGCCUUGUACCUCUGUUCUACAAGUAACACCACAAAUGUAGCCAAUGGUCCAAUUGGCUCAAUCGCCUGUCCUCUUUGCCGUCACGGAAUAGUAUCAUUUGUCAGGCUCCGUGGAACGAAGCCAACGGUUAAGGCAGUUGGAAGAACAAGUCUGUCCCUAUCUUUCUGCACAUGUUCCAGUGAGAUGCCGGAGCCAACUUCAAUGACAACCCUGCUCUGCAAGCCAACGGUCCAUUGCGCACGAAUUUCUCCUCCUGGAUCAUCGUUCUGCAGCAUAAGUCGUAAUAGUUACCCGUCGAUGAAGAUCCAAUCUAACCUCUGCAUCGGAGCUCCGAACGCUAGUCCUUUAGUUCCCUUCCCGUCGGACCGGAAUUUGCAAGUCUUAAGACGCUCGGUUUGGGAGGGCAGAAGGUCAUGGUUCUCAACACUCAAUCAAUGUGUAACUACAGGCAAUGCAUGCUGAUAUUUUCUAGUGAUCUUCUCUUACGUUCUUUUUUCUUUCUAUCCGGAAAGGUGGAUUGGCCCCCCUCUAAUUUUGCCCAUAAUUGUAAGUGAAACUUCAUGUUGAUAAUGAUUCCUGGUCGUGUAAAUGCAAAGGGCAUAUUUUACCAGUUGUUUUAAAAUGAAGCCUCAGUUUAAGCUUUGCAUUCACUUCGGGUCCGAGUUUCGAGCAUCUUUGUUUGUAGGAUAUAUGUGAAUGAGUUAAGAAAGUUCUGAACAAAUAUUACCUUGAAAUCA